AUGCCCGCAAUAAGACAAGCCCCGAGCGGCACACUGCGAAUUCCCUCAUCUCAGCUGGACACCCGUAGUGACGAAGAUAUCAUUGCCCUGCUGACGGCGCCCACCAAGCCAGAUGGCGAUGAAAAGAAUUUGUGGGCUUAUUGGCACACGGGGUUCAACGCCAUGCCGCCCUGGUCGAAGCGGAACGUUGUGCACUGGGCACGACUGUUGGGCCCAUCAUGGAACGUACGCGUGCUGGAUGGUGUCCCUGGCUCUCCAAGCAACGCAAGCUGUUUCGUGCCACCGGAGAUGCUCCCAGAAGCCAUGAGAAAGGGGAGCAUGUCGGGCCCGUACGUCGCCACGCACUCGGCCGACUUCGUGCGCCUCCCUCUGCUUUACUUGUAUGGAGGCUGCUGGUUGGAUGUCGGGGCAAUCUUGGUGCGCUCCAUCGACGACAUCUGGAGCUUGCUUGUAGACCCCGAGACCCCAUACGAAUUCGCAGCUUUCACGUACGAAACGCGUCCGGGUGAGAUGUCGAUCAUCAACACAUGGAUGAUGGCGCGGAAAGACUGCGAUCUCAUCCGCCGCUGGCACGAGACGUUUCUUUACAUCUGGGGCAACGCUACGAGCUGCGAAGGUCUCUCUCGCCACCCCCUCCUACGCCAUCUCAAGCCAUACGGCGCGCCCACAGACAAGAUUAUCAUGAACGAGAAACACGAGGAGGUCACCAAGUCUCGCGCCAUCAUGGAUUAUGGGGCCCAGGUACAUUGCCUGGAGCGACUGCGUGACUUGGUGGACAAGGAAGACGGAUGGAACGGCCGCGACUGGAUUGAAAGGAAGGCUUUCCUACUCCCGGCAUUGAAAGAGAUGUGGUACUACCAGGAGAGAACGGGAUUCAUGGGCUACAAGCAGUUCGAGUUGCUGACGACACGCUACGAUGCCCCAGAAGAGCAGCGAAAGGACGCAGAGACGUUCGUCAAUGACAUGCUCGCUAAUACGCUUCUGAUGAAGUUCUGCCAUGGCCUGAAGAAUGCCAUGGCUUCUAGCCUAGCGGACAUCUGGGAUGACCCUCAACACCACGACACCGACUGUGCACCCGAAACAUUUGCCGAGUAUCUUCGUUGGGGCACAAUCAAUUUACGCCAGACGAGACAGCUAGUUCCGGAGAAACUGACUCCAGCAGAAGGAGAGCCACACCGCGUGGGCAUGUUUGAGCCGUUUUACAGUGCAGAAGCGUAG